AUGGCAACUGAAUUAUUGUGCUUGCACAGUCCAUUCUCAUUGUACAGAAAUCCCUUGCCUAGAGUCAUCCAGGCCAAUCCCUUGCCUAGAGUCAUCCAGGCCAACCCCUUAACUUUGAAAGUCAGAUGCUCAGUAAGCACAGAAAAUGUCAGCUUAGCAGAAACAGAAACCAGACGGUCUGCCAAUUAUGAACCAAGCAGCUGGGAUCAUGAUUAUUUGCUGUCUUCCGAAAAUGAAGAAGCGAUUGAAAUAUACAAAGACAAAGGCCAAAAGCUGGAGGCUGAGGUGAGAAGUAUGAUUAGCAAUGAGAAGGCAGAGUUUCUGACUUUACUGGAACUGAUAGAUACCGUCCAAAGGUUAGGAUUGGGGUACCGGUUCGAGAUUGACAUAAGGAAAGCCCUUGAUAGAUUUGUUUCUUCAGAAGGAUUUGAUGCUGUAACGACAACUAGCCUUUAUGCUACUGGUCUUAGCUUCAGGCUACUCAGACAACAUGGCUUCGAGGUCUCUCAAGAUGUGUUCAACAGCUUCAAGGAUCAAAAUGGGAAUUUCAUGGAAAACCUUAAGGAGGACAUUAAGGCAAUGCUAAGCCUAUAUGAAGCUUCAUUUCUUGCCUUGGAAGGAGAAACUAUCUUGGAUGAGGCCAAGCUGUUUACAAUAGCACAUCUAAAAGACCUUAAUGAAGAAAAAAUCGGAAAAGACCUCGCUGAACAGGUGAAUCAUGCAUUGGAGCUUCCGUUGCAUCGCAGGACGCAGAGACUAGAAGCUGUAUGGAGUAUUGAAGCAUACCGUAACAAGGAAGACGCAAAUCAGUUACUGCUACAACUUGCUAUACUGGACUACAACAUGGUUCAAGCGAUAUACCAAAGAGAUCUUCGCGAGACAUCAAGGUCAGUACAAGGACAAAAUAAACAAAUAAACAGCACUCAGAUCAAUUAG